AUGUCUCUAAAUUACAUCAAAAACUUCUAUGAAGGAUGCGUUAAACCACCAACUGUGAUUGGCCAGUUCCACACUCUUUUCUUUGGAUCCGUACGAAUGUUCUUCCUUGGAGUGUUAGGUUUUGCAGUUUAUGGGAAUGAGGCUUUGCACUUCAGCUGUGAUCCAGACAAGAGAGAAAUCAAUCUUUUUUGUUACAAUCAGUUCCGGCCAAUCACUCCACAAGUAUUCUGGGCUUUACAACUGGUGAUUGUCCUGGUUCCUGGAGCUAUUUUCCAUCUUUACGCAGCAUGUAAAAGCAUCAACCAAGAAUGCAUCCUUCAAAAGCCCAUCUACACUGUGACUUAUAUCCUCUCUGUCUUAUUAAGAAUUAGUCUAGAAGUAAUAGCGUUUUGGCUUCAGAUUCACCUUUUUGGUUUCCAGGUAAAACCUCUUUACUUGUGCGAUGCUGAAUCUCUUGGGAAGAAAAUGACUACGAUAAAAUGCAUGGUUCCAGAGCACUUUGAAAAGACCAUUUUCCUCAUUGCAAUGUAUACAUUUACUGUGAUUACAAUGCUACUAUGUGUGGCUGAGAUUUUUGAGAUCAUAUUUAGAAGACUGUGUUUUUUAUUUAGGCAAUGA